AAACGCGCAAGGAGAAAACAGUUCAGCACUUCAGUUCCUAGUUCCUACUAGUGCACUAAGCUUGUUAAUAUAUAGGAGUAUUAAGUCACCUCAGAUAACAGAGAGGAAAAGAGAGAGAGAGAAUGGAGAAGAAUGAUAAAGAAACCAUGGAGAAGAACCCGAAAGCUGUUACAACUGAUGAGCCUGAGAUUAAAUACAGAGGAUGGAAAUCCAUGCCAUUUAUCAUAGGAAAUGAAACUUUUGAGAAGCUGGGAGCCAUUGGCACCUUAUCCAACCUCUUGAUCUAUCUUACUACUGUCUUCAACCUGAAGAGCAUUACAGCUACAAAUAUUAUUAACAUCUUCAAUGGCACAACCAAUUUUUCCACCUUGCUUGGAGCUUACCUUUGUGACACUUACUUUGGUCGCUACAAGACUUUGGGAUUUGCAACAAUUGCCUCUUUUAUGGGAUUGCUAGUGAUACAACUAACAGCAGCAAUCAAGAAGCUCCACCCACCCCACUGUGGAUCAGCAGAGAACACAUGCAAAGGGCCAACAGCAGGACAAAUGGCAUUUUUGCUUACUGGAUUUGGACUACUUAUAGUAGGAGCUGCUGGCAUCAGGCCAUGCAACUUGGCCUUUGGAGCAGACCAGUUCAACCCCAAAACAGAAUCUGGAAAGAGGGGAAUCAAUAGCUUUUUCAAUUGGUACUUCUUUACCUUUACCUUUGCCCAGAUGGUAUCUGUUACACUCAUUGUGUAUGUGCAAUCCAAUGUGAGCUGGGCUAUAGGUUUAGGAAUUCCAGCAAUUCUGAUGCUCAUUGCAUGUGCACUCUUCUUCAUGGGUUCAAAAAUGUAUGUGAAAGUGAAAGCCACUGGUAGUCCCAUGACCAGUGUGGUACAGGUUUUAGUGGUUGCUGUUAAGAGAAGGGGGUUAAAUCCACCAGAACAACCAUCGUUGUCCCUCUUCAACCAUCUGCCAACUAGUUCUAUCAACGCCAAGCUUUCUUACACAGACCAAUUCAGAUUCCUUGACAAAGCAGCAACUGUGACCCCCCAAGACCAAAUUAACCCAGAUGGAUCUUCUGCCAAUCCAUGGAAACUUUGCACAAUGCAGCAAGUGGAAGAAGUGAAAUGCGUGGUGAGAGUGAUUCCCAUAUGGGCUGCAGCCAUCAUAUACUAUAUCGCUAUAGUCCAACAGAAUACUUUUGCAGUCUUUCAAGCCCUUCAAUCCGACAGGCACCUUGGAAACACCAAUUUCCAGAUCCCAGCUGCAUCCUACGUUGUCUUCUUGAUGCUGAGCUUGACCAUUUUUAUACCCAUCUAUGACAGAAUAGUUGUUCCGUUCCUCCGAAAGAUCACGGGAAAAGAAGGCGGCAUCACAAUCCUCCAGAGGAUAGGCAUUGGCAUAUUUCUCUCCGUAAUUACCAUGAUAGUAUCUGCCUUGGUGGAAGAGCGUCGAAGGACCAUAGCUCUAACCAAGCCAACAAUAGGAAUUGUACCAAGAAAAGGUGCAAUUUCCUCAAUGUCAGCUCUAUGGUUGGUUCCUCAACUCGUACUUGCCGGAUUAACUGAAGCGUUUGCUUCAGUUGGCCAAGUUGAAUUCUACUACAAGCAAUUCCCCGAGAACAUGAGAAGCAUUGGAGGGUCUCUUUUCUACUGUGGCAUGGCAGGUUCAAGUUAUUUGAGUAGUUUCCUGAUAUCAAUAAUUCAUCGGACCACAAGGGAGGCUGCAACCGGAAAUUGGUUACCAGAAGAUCUUAACAAGGGAAGAUUGGAUUACUUUUAUUACACAAUAGCUGCUCUGGGGGUAUUGAACUUUGGCUACUUUCUAGUAUGUGCGAAAUGGUAUAAGUACAAAGGGGUUAGCAAGGAUACCCUUGAAGUCAACCUAGGAUCUACACUACCUCAAAAAACUACUGUUUGAUAAUCAAGUUCAUUGGUAAUCAAAUUCACUCUAGGCUCCCAAUUCAUGUAUGAACCAUAUCACACGGCAAUAUUAUACAGUAGUAGGCUAUAUAGUACCUAGAAUAACGUCCUUGCUGUUUGGAAUUUGUAUGAUGAUGCAUUAUGCAGUAGCUUUGUGUAGGACCAAACGAGAGGAUACAAAUUCCCCUGUUCUUUUGAA